AUGGGCGGGGGGGCGGCCCCGCCUCAAGCCAAUCGCCCUAGAUUUUCCUGGCCAAAUACCAAUAACCUGCUCAUCUUUGGCGAUUCAUACUCCUUCGUGCAAGGCACGCGCGGACAUGCGAACUACAGCUUCAUAGGCAACGCGUCCCAUGUUGCCUUGACGCCCGAAGAGCUGUUAACGGACGAGAUCAUCCCUAGGAACACCAGCUCAGACGGGUCAAACUGGGCCGAAUUUCUCACUGGGUGCUACUCCGGCCUCCCUAAGAACUGCCCUCGUAAACUCUGGGACUUCGCCUUCGCAGGAGCGGACAUCACCCGCGCCCUUCUAGCGCCCCACCAUCCCUUCACGCUCCAGAUGGUGGAUUCCGUAGGACAAUGGGCAAAGUAUGCGGCCCGCGUGCUGGACUUGGGAGGCGAGCACACACUUGUUGCGUGGUGGAUUGGAAUAAACGACACAGGGGACAGUGCCGGUUUUACCAACAUCACAGACUGGCGCGCUUACUGGGAAGAAGAGAUGCAGUACUACUUCCGCGCUGUCUCCCUCGUCCAUUCCCACGGGCUCAAGAACCACUUCUUCAUCAACGUCCCGCCCGAGGAACGUAGCCCUGCUUGGGUAAACGGGAAUCCCGGUGCGCCCACGCUCAAGCAGCAUAUCGAGCUGUAUAACGAGGUGCUCGCUGAGGCGGUGAAGAGUUGGGAAAGGGAGACACCAGGGGUGAAUGCCUUCCUGUUCGAUGCCCAUGGGUGGUGGAACGAGUUGCUGAACAAUUACGGGCAGUAUGGGUUCGAGAACAUUACUGGACACUGCCAAUGCACAGACGACACGUACUUUUGGUACAACACCGGCCAUCCCGAUGAGAAAGUUCACAAGCUUUUGGCUGGAGAGAUGGAUCGCCAGCUGCUCGGGUGGAGCGAAUAG